AAAGCAACCAGACAUUAAUUCAAAACCGGGUCCGUAGUAGAUCUGAUAAGAGAAAUGCAGGCAGCUCCGGCACCGCAUCAGGCGGCGGCCCACUCGCCGGCGGAGUCGCGGGAAUCAACGACGGAGGCGCCGCCGAAGCAGGUGGCGCUGGCGAUGGACAGGCUAUCCCACGCCUCCCGUCUCAUCGCCGACAUUAGGCUCGGUGCUGACCGCCUCCUCGAAGCCCUCUUCGUCGCCGCACAGCCUCACCACUCCAGCAAACCAUUGGAUUUGAUCCUCAAAGAAGAGGCCUCCAUGCGAAAGCACCUCCAAGACCUCCGAAACAUCGGAAGGCAAUUGGAAGAUUCUGGGGUUCUUAACGAGUCACUUCGGUCACGUAGUAAUUCAUGGGGCCUACACAUGCCUUUGGUUUGUCCAGAUGGUGCAGUUGUUGCCUAUGCAUGGAAACGUCAACUUGCUGGUCAGGCUGGUGCAUCUGCUGUUGAUAGGACCAGGUUGGCUCUCAAAGCAUUUACUGAUCAGAAAAGGCGAUUUUUUCCUCACCUUGAUGAGGGUGCUGGUACUGAAUCAGUUUCAAAGAAACACUGUGGUUCCCAAGUAUCAACAGUGAGCCAUGAAGAAGAGCUUAAUGACUAUAGAUCAAUGCCAGAUAUUUUAUUGCAUAUGGAAAAGGAAGUGCCAAAUGUGAAAGUUUUUACUUACGAACGGUUGGAUUGGUUAAAACGAGCUUCUUCACUUCCCUCUUUGGCCAAUGAGAGUAUCAUAGAAUCAUCAAAAGAACAUAAUUUUCAUAGUUCAAAUAACAUAAGGCAAGGAACAGUAGGCAUUGUUGCUGCAGAGAAAGUUGCUGUAAUUGAGCUGUUGUUUCCUUCUGUUUUUAGGGCUAUAGUAUCACUGCAUCCAGCUGGUUCCAUCGAUCCUGAUGCAGUUGCUUUCUUUUCACCAGAUGAGGGAGGCAGCUAUGUACAUGCAAGGGGCUUUUCAGUGUAUCAUGUAUUCCGACACAUCACGGAACAUGCUGCUAUGGCUUUGCAGUAUUUCCUUGGCCUGAGAACCGAAACGGCUCUACUUUCUCUUUUGCACUGGAUCUGCAGCUAUCAAACUCUGUUCACAAAAGUUUGCAGUAAAUGUAGACGGUUACUGUCAAUGGACACACAAUUGGCUUUACUGUUGCCUCCAGUUCAUCGCCCUUACCGGAACUUUUCUGGUGGAAAGGCCUCAUCAACCCAAUCAAGUUUGUCGACGAAGGAUCAGAGCACGGACAUUACGCACGCCUAUCAUGUUGGCUGCUUUUUAGAGGAAUUGUAGUCAUCCUUUGUCGCAGUUGUGUUCAGUUGCUGAUGAUAUCUUGUAAGGUUAUGUAGCAUACUUUUUUCUUCUCUCUUUUUGGCUCAGCAGGAGGUAGGAUAGCAAACAUUCUAGGGCUUAUUUUAGAUUCAAGUCAUAGCUGUGGUAUUGGGUUAGAGAAUUUUUGGUUCUUUUUCUACUUUGAGAUUGUAGUUUUCAACUUGAGGCAGCCAUUUUGUAUAAAUAAUGUCAAAAGUCAAGGCUGGCUACACUUUCUUUUCAUUUACAAAGAGUAUUUUUGGUUAUUGGUUCAAUGAUUAAAAUUUUAAUCUAUUAACCUGUGGGCUAUUCUUUGUAAACGUUUAUUAAGGGGUACUAAGUUUGGACUUU